GAGCCAGGACCUGCGGGACUCAGCUGCUGUCCCACACUCCUACUCGAGAUGACAGCCAGCAAACGGGUGGCAAAGGAGUUUGAAAAUCUUUCAGAGCAGCUUCCACCAUACCUGCGGGACCUGUCUAUCGAUGAUGGCAAUGUGCUGGUGUGGAACAUGCUCCUGCUGCCUGACCAACCUCCCUAUAACCUCAAGGCCUUCCAUCUGCAAAUCGAUUUCCCCAGGGAGUAUCCACUUAGGCCUCCCACUUUGAAAUUCAUCACCCCGAUCUACCACCCCAACAUCAGUGAGGAUGGGCUGGUGUGCCUGCCCCUCAUCAGCACUGAGAACUGGAAACCUUACACCAAGACCUGCCAAGUCUUGGAGGCCCUCAACAUGCUCGUGGGUAGACCAACUCUGGAAGAGCCUGUGCGGCUGGAGCUCGCUGAUCUUCUGACCCAGGACCCCGAGAUGUUCAGGAGGAGGGCAGAAGAGUUAACCCUUCAGUUGGGAGUAGUCCGACCUUCUUAAUUCUGGUUCUGAGGCCUCUCUGCCUGGACCAUCUGCUCAGUGGAUGGAUAUCCGAGACUGGCACCAGAGGCCUUUGGAGGCCCAUCCUUGUGCGCAUGCUUCCCUUUGUAGCCGCUAAUUAUGAAUAAAUGUGCCUAGUGUGUGUA